CUCAUUAUUUGGCAGUACAAGCUUAUACAUUCACUUUGCUUCGCGGAUUAGAUCAUUUUCAUUUGGAGUUUAAAUUCUUAGACGAUUAGUACAAAACAAGGAUCAUUUUAUUGUAAACAAGUUGGCUAAAUUAUGAUUUCGCAAGUCCAUUCACAUACACUCUCUGAAGAUUACGCGUAGGCCUACUCUUGGUCUGUGUGAUUGUCACAAAGUCCAGUCCUUGUGUGAAAGUAAAGGUCUACCUCAGUUGCCAUCACAAUGAGCGUCUGUGAUGAAACUGAGGCGUGGGCCCAGUUGGUGUCAACCACGGACAUUGACUCCUCACCGAUCCCCGUUGUUAAGGACACAUUUGUGGUUGGUAGAAGUUCAGAUUGCGAUUUACCUUUUGUUGGCAACAAGCUUGUAUCUGGGAAGCAUUGUUAUCUGGAGAGAGACAAGGAUGGACAAGUUUGGCUUUAUGACACAAGCACAAAUGGAACUCUCCUGAAUAUGAACAUCAAACUUAUCAAAGGAGAGUGUCGGGAACUCAAACAUGGAGAUGAGUUUCACAUUGUUCACAAGAAGAACAGUCCAGAGGAUGACAUUGGCUACAUAUUUCAAGAUAUAGAAGCCUUGAGGGCCGAGACCAGUUCUGACCUUGAGGAGGAAUCGACACAAGAGUACACCCAACCCAUUGCAGAUGCUGAUUCUACGAUAGUUGAUGAUGAUAUCAAUGAGGUAUCGACUUCAAGCCCUCCAACCCAGAAGCGAAAAAGUGAUGACAGCAGCCCUCAUGUAACUAACAAGAAAAUGCGUUCACAGACAUGUGAAGACCCAUCUCCAGAAAAGGCAGCAGCAGAAGAACCUCUGAAAAAUGAAAAGAAAGAUGCAAAAGAAACUUCAAAUGACAGCCAGUUUGGUGUUGGGACUGCGAAAACCGCAGAAGUCUCUUCCACUUCCUCUGUACCAGAAGGCAAAUCUGGAGUUCCCCAGGAACCAGAGUCAGAUGCGAUUGCGGAGAGCCUGAUCUGUAUCAUUUGCCAGGAGCUCUUUCAUGACUGCAUCAGUUUGCAGCCGUGCAUGCAUUCCUACUGUUCUGGCUGCUACUCAGAGUGGAUGGAGAGGUCAAAUGAGUGCCCAUCAUGUCGCUUGAAAGUCGAUCGCAUCAACAAAAACCAUAUUGUGAACAACUUGGUGGAAGCUUACCUCAAGGACAAGCCUGAGAAACGCAGGUCCCAAGCAGAUUUAGAUGAACUGGAUGCAAAGAAUAAAAUCACCAGAGAUAUGUUAUAUCCUGUGAAGAAUCCUCGAGGUUGUGACUCAGAAGACAGUAGUGAGGAUUAUGAUGAUGAAGAAAAUGAAGAUAGAGAUUAUGAGGAAGAGGACUCAUCAGAUGAGCCUGUGCCUGCCCCAGUGGGCAACAUGCUCUUUGGUAUCGGGACACCGAUAUUCGGGGCCACACAAAUAAGACCUACUACGGUGUGUCGACAGUGUCCGAACUUCCGUGAGACGAACCCGUCUGGGGGAACGGGUAUCCUGGCUGGCGUCCAGCAAGUUUUCACGACAAUCAAGAAUGCUGUCACAGGAGGUGGUGGGGAUGGUGCCGGCCCCUCUACGGCCACCGACACUGGCCCGCCCGCUGCAGGUUCCUCGUCUGAGGCAGACCCCGAUGCUAAAGUGAUGCCGGACGCUCCCGCGUUCACGUGUGCCUUGAACCAAAACCACGUCCUGUGCCUGUGCUGUAUGCUACCCAUGCCGGACAGGAGGGCAGAGUACCUGCGUGGGGCUGACCUACCUCCACAGCAAUGCACAAUCUGCUACAGGUCUUUUUGCCACGCCUACUGGGGUUGUCGCAAGGCUGACUGUAACGGCUGCAUAGCCAAGCUCAAAGACAUGAACUUUGGAAAGAAGUGCCUGACCUCUUUAGUCUUGGACAACCACUUUGAGUCAGCCAUUCUGAAGGACUACCUAGAGGCCAAAGCCUUCUCUGUGCGAGAUGUCCUGGCUGACUGCCUGGCCAAGAUGGUCACUGGAGAAUACACAUGCAUAAACCAAAUGCGACUGACCAAUGGAAUCAACACGCCUGUCUGCUAUGCGUGUGGACUGAUGAUAUUCAAAGACUUGGCCUAUUCAUAUCGCAAAGAUAUCCCUAGGGAGCAGUUACCAGGCCGAGUGACAUCAAGGUCCAACUGCUACUGGGGGAAAAACUGCCGGACCCAGCGAAACAAACCGGAGCAUGCUCAACGCUUCAAUCACAUCUGUGAACAAACAAGGACCACAUGAGAACGUCUGUUCCGAACAUGCUCAACUCCCUGGGGUUGUCACUUCUCUCGAGAGAAUGUUUGAAAGAAAUGAUGUUUCAGUUUUAGCAGAGGGUUUUACUGUGCUCGCAACUGCAUAAGGUCAUAUGAGCGCCAAGGGGUGGGUGUCAACA